ACUUGUAAAUUUUAGAUCCGAAGGCUGCAGUAGUUGUAUUGAAAAGUAUAGUUACGUCUUGGUACCUUUUACGAACGGUAAAAUGGAAUCAAAAACCAUAGAUAGAGAGGCCGUACUAAAUUCGCUUGUCCUUAACAGCUCGACAACAGAUGGGCAACCAAGAAAAAGAAAAAGACUUGAUAACUUAUCGGCAGAAGAAAGAGCUCUUCGCAGAAAACUAAAGAAUCGCGUGGCUGCUCAAACUGCUCGCGAUAGGAAGAAAGCGCGAAUGACUGAACUCGAAGAGAUGGUCGCACAAUUAGAACAAGAGAAUAAAGCUCUUCGCAUGGAUAAUGAAAGCCUAAGAAAACAUUCAGAGGCUGUGGAGAUUGAGAAUUCAGAACUGAGAAUUCGUUUGGGUAUCACACCACCAGUAUCACCAGAGCCAGUAACCAUGCAGUCAUACCCAUCAAGCCCAGAAGCAAGUUCACCUACCAAACAUAUCAAUUCAGUUGUGAUCAAGAAAGAAGCAGAAUGUAACGAGUAUGCAUCACUCUUAGUUUCUCAGCAGCAGGAACGCCUGAUUCUGUUUCUUUCUCUGAUCACGACUUGGAUGACAAUCAACAGCAGCCUGACAUGGAUUUUGGCAUGCUUGAACUUGAUGAAGAAGGAGAAUGUCUUGCCCUUAUGCAGCCCAAGCAGGAAGCCAAGCCAGGCUCAGCCUGCUGUCAGCAUAGCACCUCAGUCACAAAAGGCACGGUCAACAGCACAGAUGAGACCGUCCCAGAAUCGAGCAGCAGUGACAUAACAGUAGCAGACCUCGUUGGAAUGGACUGCGAGGGUUUUGAUACACUGGAUGAUAUCUUAAAUAUUAAAGAUUUCUCUAGAGAGUUGAAAGAACUUGAUGUUGAACCCGGCAUGUUAAGUUGUGAAAUGUGGGAGGAAACCUUCACAGAAGUUUUGUUCCCAUCCCUUUUGGCUGUCUAAGCUUAUAAAAUAAAUGUCUACUGAGGUAUAUAAUAGGUACAAGUACACAUGUACAUGUAUAUUGUCCUUAGAGCAAGACGGCAGGAAAUCAACUGUACAGUCUAACUCUGCUCUGUGCUGACACUUCCUGCCAAGUUCUAGUGGAAGUUGAUGUUAAAUGGCCUUCCUGGGUGUACACAGUUAUAGCUACUGAAUUACAGGAAAGGAGAAAAAAAUUGCAAAUUAUCACAAUUUGUUUACAAUGAAAAACGUUACAGUAGUUAUUAGAUGUGAUGUGGUGGCUUAUCUCCCAUUCUAAACGAUCAGACAAUGGGUUGAACAUUAACCAUAAAAUCAACCCUACAGUAGGCUUAACAUCUUAGAAGGCAGCUUGUGAAUAAACACAUUAAAUUUCAGAAAUUAAUUUUUAUACAACACCCUGUAGUCAAGGGAGUCUAGGACUCCUUGCUUUGUUGAAGAAUACAGGGUUAAAAGUUUUAUGGGGCCCCUUCUCAGCAAGAUGUUCACUUUUAUUUUAUUCCCUUUGAAGACACAUCCUAAUUUGCUACCAUUACUUGGAGAACUUUUAAUUUCUGUGAAGGGUUUCUUUAUUAUUUAUUAGCAGUAAUAAAUAGCAGUGGUCUCAUAUUGAUCAAUUAAAGCAGUAGUUAUGGGUUA